UAAAAAAAAAAGAACAGCACCACUGGCGGACGUACGACGUACUUAUCUUUAUCAUGAUUCUUCAGUUAAAGAAAGCGCCGCGCGCCGUUAAUAGAACUCAUCUUGAUCAUGAUUCUUCAGUUAAAGAAAGCGCCGCGCGCCGUUAAUAGAACUCAUCUUGAUCAUGAUUCUUCAGUUAAAGAAAGCGCCGCGCGCCGUUAAUAGAAAGGAGUGUAAAGUGUAAACAGUAGCCUCUCAGUUCUGCCGAUACAGAGGCCUGACUCAGAAGAAAUACUGGGUCAACCUGUACCAUCAAGAUCAAGCUUGAGCCUGGAAGCUACAAGUAUGCCGAAUUUUACGUGUGCCGUAGCAGACUGCACAUCAGACUCAAGAAAAGGGAAGAGAAAGACAAACCAAGUAACUGAAGAUGUCAAACGAUUUGUGAGAUUUCCAAGUGGAAAAAAGGAACCUAAAAGGAGGAAGAUGUGGGAGGAGAGGUGCAGGCGUGCAGGUGGAUGGAAAGCAACACAGAAUCACGCUGUAUGCUCCUUACACUUUUUGGACUGGAACAAUGAACCAUCACCUGAACAUUCAGAUCCAAUUUUAUUCGCUUAUAAUGGGUGGGGAAGAAACCAUCAUGCAGUUAUUAAUAGGAAGGCAAACAGUCUCCAGUGCCAAGGGCAAGAUGUCAUUGCAGCACCUAACGCCUCAACAUCCACACAGUGCAACACUGAAACACAGUUUCCUCAAGAAGAGGUGCUACCCCUGAAUGUCCAAGACUGGGGGGAGGUAGAAGUAUGCACUGCCACAGAAGAUUCAGAUACUACACUUCCUGAUGAGAGCUGCAAUGUUUUGGGUGACCACACAUAUGGAGCUUAUACCCAUAAUGAAACUGUUGCAGAGCCAGUAGAUGUAGAGGUGCAGACUGACCAGUUUACAACACUUGAGAAAGCUUCACAAACUUAUGAGGAAGUACAUGAGUGGGAACGUAACAAUGUUGUAGAAGACGGAGCAUUACGUAACGCCUUUAUUCAGAAAAUUCUGAGGAGUAGUGAGAGUAUUAAAAGAUAUACAGGCAUGGAAGAAAAGGAUUUCUUUUAUUUGUUUAAUUUGAUAAAAGAUAAUGUGACUGACAUACAUUAUUGGAGACGGCCAAAUAUUGUCAAGAAUGAGAAUACACCACCAGGCAUUACUAAAGGACAUACAAAAAGGAAGUUGUCACGGUUACAUGAAUAUUUAAUGACCCUAGUACAUAUUAGAACAGGAUUUGAUCUCAGUACUUUAGCAGAUCUUUGGGAAGUAGCACGAAGUGUUGCAAGUAGUAUCAUUAUAACUUGGAUUAACAUACUUUAUUUAGUCCUCAAGGACUGGCUUAUAUGGCCAACUGCAGCACAGGUGCGUGCAAGUUUGCCAAAAGAUUUUCCAGAAGAAUAUUCUGACACACGAACCAUCCUAGAUUGCACUGAGAUAUUCACGGUCAAGCCAGCAAAUCCUUCAGCUCAGGCUGCCACAUAUUCCCAAUAUAAGCAUCACAGUACACUAAAAGUACUCAUUGGAAUUACUCCCACAGGGCUAAUAACAUUUGUAUCAAGUGUGUAUGGAGGUAAUACAUCAGACCGUUAUACUGCAGAAGCAGAGUUCAUUGAUAAAGUUGAGCCAGGUGAUGCCAUAAUGGUGGAUAGGGGCUUCAAUAUUGGUGAUCUCAUACUCCAGCAUGGUGCAAAACUACACAUCCCACCAUUUACGAGGAAGGAAGCCAGUAAAGGCAGGAUGCUCACACAAAGUGAAAUUGCAAAAACACGAAGUAUAGCAACAUUGCGCAUACAUGUUGAGCGAGCCAUCGGAAGAAUGAAGACAUUUAAACUAUUAGGACAGACACUUCACCAAAGGAUGUGGCCCCUCAUGGAUCACAUUGUAGUAAUAGUUGCAGUAUUAUGCAAUAUGAUGCCACCACUAGUGUAGAUUUGACAGAGCACACAAUCUAAAGCAACUUAUGUAAAGCUUAUUAUAAUCUAAAGCUUAUUUUUAUGGGUAGUUAUGUAAAUAAAAUUUGGGUGUUAGGGAUCUCUGUAAGAACAUCUCUACUCCAACACUUUCAACCAUGUAUUAUCACCUUUGUAAUAUUAAAGGAUAUGUAAAGAUAGUUCUUUCUUAUAAUUAUUUAUUAAUAAACGUGUCUGAAUCA